UCGUGGGCGGGGCGGCCGCUCCCGGCGCGCCGGGGCUGACAGGAAAGCGAAUCCCGGACCCCCACUCACCGCGCGCGCCCGCCGGCCCCUUAGGGGCUGCGGGACAAGUUUGACUACUGGCCUGGCGUCGCCUGACGGCGAGGAGUGGCUCCGCGCGGGCCGGCCGCUGCGCGCGGCGACGCUGCGGGGAAGGGGCUGGGGGCGCGCGCGGGGCCGAGCAUCCCUCUGCUGAGCGCGCCGGCCUUGGCCGCGGUGACCCGGGCCACCCGCCCAUCCCGGCGCGCAGAGCAUAUCUUGUCUUGGUUGGAUGCACAAAUCUGUGCAGUGCUUUUUGCCCGUUGCCUAGACGAUCACUUGGUUUCUCUGAGGAUGUCUGGUUCUCGUAAAGAGUUUGAUGUGAAACAGAUUUUGAAAAUCAGAUGGAGGUGGUUUGGCCAUCAAGCAUCAUCUAAUUCUUCAGUUGACAGCCAGCAGGGAGAAUUUUGGAACCGAGGACAGACUGGAGCAAACGGUGGGAGAAAGUUUUUAGAUCCAUGUAGCCUACAAUUGCCUUUGGCUUCAAUUGGUUACCAAAGGUCCAGCCAACUGGAUUUUCAGAAUUCACCUUCUUGGCCAAUGGCAUCCACGUCUGAAGUCCCUGCAUUUGAGUUUACAGCAGAAGACUGUGGCGGUGCACAUUGGCUGGAUAGACCAGAAGUGGAUGAUGGCACUAGUGAAGAAGAAAAUGAAUCUGAUUCCAGCUCCUGCAGAGCAUGGAAUUCUAAACUGUGGUGCUGGAAUGAUAAAAAGCAUAGACCAGUCAUCUGUAAUCAUUUGUAUAAUGGAGAGAGGGAAAUAUCUUUACUUAGGACUUCCAAUAGUAGUCAGACACUAUCCUCCUGCCAUACUAUGGAGCCAUGUUCAUCGGAUGAAUUCUUUCAAGCCCUUAACCAUGCAGAGCAAACGUUUAAAAAAAUGGAAAACUACUUGAGACAUAAACAGCUGUGUGAUGUCAUUUUGGUUGCUGGUGAUCGUAGAAUCCCAGCUCACAGAUUGGUGCUCUCCUCUGUCUCAGAUUAUUUUGCUGCUAUGUUUACUAAUGAUGUCAGAGAGGCAAGACAAGAAGAAAUAAAAAUGGAAGGCGUUGAACCAAGUUCACUGUGGUCCUUAAUUCAGUAUGCAUAUACAGGCCGGCUUGAACUGAAGGAAGAUAAUAUUGAGUGCCUGCUGUCCACAGCCUGUCUUCUCCAGCUUUCACAGGUCGUGGAAGCAUGCUGUAAGUUUUUAAUGAAGCAGCUUCACCCAUCCAACUGUCUUGGAAUCCGCUCUUUUGCUGAUGCUCAAGGUUGUACAGAUUUGCAUAAAGUGGCUCAUAAUUACACCAUGGAACAUUUCAUGGAGGUAAUCAGAAACCAAGAGUUUGUGUUGCUCCCAGCCAGUGAAAUUGCAAAGCUCUUGGCCAGUGAUGACAUGAACAUCCCUAAUGAGGAGACAAUACUGAAUGCACUUCUUACUUGGGUCCGUCACGAUUUGGAACAGAGGCGGAAAGAUCUCAGCAAACUCUUGGCUUAUAUUAGGCUACCUCUUCUUGCCCCACAGUUCCUAGCAGACUUGGAAAAUAAUCCACUUUUUCGGGAUGACAUAGAAUGUCAGAAACUCAUUAUGGAAGCAAUGAAGUAUCAUUUAUUACCAGAGAGACGGCCCAUGUUACAGAGUCCUCGGACAAAACCCAGGAAGUCAACUGUUGGCACAUUAUUUGCAGUUGGAGGAAUGGACUCAACAAAAGGAGCAACAAGCAUCGAGAAGUACGAUCUCCGAACAAACAUGUGGACUCCUGUAGCAAAUAUGAAUGGAAGAAGGCUGCAGUUUGGUGUUGCCGUGUUAGAUGACAAGCUGUACGUGGUUGGAGGGAGAGAUGGACUGAAGACCUUGAAUACUGUAGAGUGCUACAACCCCAAAACAAAAACCUGGAGUGUGAUGCCCCCUAUGUCCACACACAGACAUGGCCUUGGUGUGGCUGUAUUGGAAGGCCCCAUGUAUGCAGUAGGAGGGCAUGAUGGCUGGAGCUACCUGAAUACGGUGGAGCGGUGGGACCCUCAGGCUCGACAGUGGAAUUUUGUUGCCACCAUGUCCACCCCCAGGAGCACAGUAGGUGUGGCAGUCCUAAGUGGAAAACUUUAUGCAGUUGGUGGUCGUGAUGGAAGUUCUUGUCUCAAAUCAGUAGAAUGCUUUGAUCCUCAUACUAAUAAAUGGACGCCGUGUGCCCAGAUGUCAAAAAGGAGAGGUGGCGUAGGAGUAACAACCUGGAAUGGACUGCUGUAUGCUAUUGGAGGACACGAUGCUCCUGCAUCCAACCUGACUUCCAGACUCUCGGAUUGUGUGGAAAGAUAUGAUCCCAAAACAGAUAUGUGGACUGCGGUGGCUUCCAUGAGCAUCAGCAGAGAUGCGGUAGGGGUCUGUUUGCUUGGCGACAAGUUGUAUGCUGUAGGGGGGUAUGAUGGACAGACCUACCUGAAUACAGUGGAGGCUUAUGAUCCCCAGACAAAUGAAUGGACCCAGGCUGCUCCACUGUGUCUAGGAAGAGCUGGAACUUGUGUUGUGACUGUGAAAUUAUAACUUAAUUCUUUGUUUUCUAAAUGAAGAUAUCCUCUUCUUUAUGAAUAUAGUACAAUUCUACCAGUGGAUACAUUUUUAGUGAAAGUGCAAUUCCACAUUCCUAGGCACAACGUGCCUUGUUUCAAAAUAAAGAUGUUGAAACAAGAGAGGAAGGAAUGGAUGGUCCAGGUUUAGAGACUUCGUCUCUUAGUACAUCAAAACUGUGCCUGGUGGAUUGGGAACAUACCUUCUUGAUUUAAAAUAUGAAGACAAAUGCACUGUUCUAGAGCAAUCCAGUGUUGACUGGGAAAUUCAUCUAUUCGUAGUCAGACACAUUUUACUCACAUUGUCCAAUUUAUUACAGUACAAGUGUAUAAACUUCUAAGAUACUAUUUUGGAAGUAUCAUACAUGAGCUUCAGUAAUUUUUUUGAAAAUCACUAUUUUAAUGACAUACUAAAGAUGGUACUGUCUAGUUUUUUUCAGGAACAACUACAUUAUAUGUCUAGUUGUGAAUCUUAUUACUAAAAUUGGUUUAUCCCAAUGAAUGAAGAGAAACACUAAGGCAUUAAAACAAGACUGACCAAAUAAAAAUUUGGUAGGAUCUUUGGGUCCAGCUUAUAUUCAUUCCAUUACCUCCAGAUUCUCCAAGAACUACAUGUGAUCGUCUACAAUUGAAACUAAAGCAGAAUGCUUUACACUAAAUUUAACAUAUGCAAAUUUAUGUAGAGAAAAUAAAUAUUAUAUAAUAUAUAAUGUUCUUUUGCUUAACUAGUAUUUUGUUAUAUGCAUUUAUUUUCUUUUAUAUUACAAAGGAUUAUUUGAUUUUAGUCUUUGAUACUGACACACUUGUUCGGAUAUUCUUUUGUUCUGAAGUCUGUGUUUUCAUCUCCUGCCUUGUUUCUUACAUUUUGCCAGUUAGUAACCCAUUGUGUUUAUAAUCAAAAAAUGUGGGGGAAUGGGCUAAUUGAAUGUUUGAGAAAAUAAGUUUAAAGUGUUUGUUACUCAAAAUUUUGUACAUUUGUAAACUCUAAUUACAUAUGUGAAUGUUAACACUCUAAGUGAAUUGUUUAUUGUUUGUAAAAAUGCCCUGAGCAAUAACAUUUUGUGAAAUUUCCUAUACGGUAUAAGUCAUUAACUUAAUCUAAAAUGAGUAUAAACUAAAAUUCCAUCUUUCAAAGUA